AUGGAGAACCUGGGGCCAAACCUCGACCCCGAGGAAGCGGCGCUGGCGCUGCGCCGCGCCCAGGUGAAGCUGGCCGCUGGCGAUCUCGACGGCGCGAAGCGCUUUGCCGAGAAGAGUGAGCGCAUGAACCCGACCAACGCUGCGCAGGCGCUCCUCAAAUCGCUGGACGACCUGAUCGAGUUCAGGCCUGGCACAAAGUGGGCCAAGGCGGUCGAGCGCAUCCUAGAGGCCUCCGACCACUACGCGGUGCUCGGCCUUACCCCCGAAGCCGUCAGCGCGGACCCGUCGGCGCCGAAGCAAAAGUACAAGCGGCUAGCGCUCGAGCCGCAGUCGGUGGAGCGGCUGCAGCUCUGGCUUGGCGGCGGCCAGUUUCUUCACCCUCUCUGUGACCCGCCCGCCCUCGAGCGCGAGCUGCGCUACCUGCUGCCAAUGGCAACGAUCGUGGCGGUCGCGCCCAAGGGUUUGAACCGCUGCUUCGAGGCCUUCAUUGAGGGCCCCCGGGUGCUCCAGGAUGCAGCCGCUGCCUUUGCGGACGGCGGGCUGCCUUUCUGUCAGGUCUCGUUGCACAACGACUGGUACUGCCCGUGCGGCGGCGCCGACCAGCUCUCACGAGGAGCGAGCGGCGGCGAGGACCGGCUCUCGUUUUGCGACCUGUGUCCUGCGUGCGGCCUCGGGCACCCGUACCCGCAGAUCGGCCCCGGCUCUGGAGCCAGGCCCCAGCUCGAGAGCAUCGCGGCGGCGGCGGCGGAGGUGCAGCCGCGGCAGCAGCUCGCGGCUCGCCGCAAGCAGCGGGCGCAGCCGUCGCCACAGCGGCAGGCGCCGCCGCCGGCCUCCUCCGACCCCGCAGACAUGUGGGCCGAGGCGGCGCGCGGAUCGUCGGCGAGCAUCCACAAGAGGCUCGACGCGUGCCGCAGCGAGAUCAAGGAGGACCGCAGCGGCGCGUCGCGUGCGUGGGCGUUCGACUUGCCGAGCAGAGGCGGCGGCGCGCCAAAGGCGUACGUCGCUGCGAGCGCCCCCGUCUUUGCUGCGUUGUACGAGGGCUUGCCCCCCGCGAGCCGCAACGCGUACGAGGUGAUCGACGCCGCGCUGCCGUGCUGGGUCUACUUUGACCUCGAGUUCGUGCGCAGCGCGACUCUCAACCUGGCGGUCGACGGCGAGCGGCUGAGCACCCUCGUGGUCGAUACGGCCAUCGCCAUCCUCGAGGAGGCGCUCUCCGAAGCCGAGCAGGCAGUCGAGCUGCACGGCGCCGACGCCGCGCUGGCCCGGCGCGCCGUCGCCGAGGGCAGGCUCGAGGUCGAGGUGGUUGCCCUCGACUCGCACCGCGUCGACAAGUGGUCGCGCCACGCCAUCCUCCGCCCGCACCUGCUCCUGCCGUCCGGGGCGCGCGUGCCGCUGCUGCUCGCCAGCCAGGAGCAGGCGGGGCGCGUCGCCAAGGCGGUGAUCGCUCGGCUCGGCCAGCAGCUGGACGUCGACAGGCGCGGCGGCGGCGGCGUGGCAUGCUUCGUCGACAAGUCGGUCUACUCGUGCAACCGCGCCUUCCGGCUGGUGGGCUCGUCCAAGCUCGGGUCGACUGCCGUGCUCACGCUGUCCGACGGCGCGACCAGCCUGCCCGGACUGCUCGGCAGCCGGCCCUCGUCCCUACCUCUCUCCGCGCAGUUGCGCCUCUCCCUCGUCAACCCGGAGCUCGCGCCGUGCGCCGCGGCGGGCGGCGCGCUCGCCGACGGCCCGCGCGCUUGGGCGACGCUCGAGCUGCCGCGCGACGCCCCCGCAGCGCCCCGUCGCCCCCCCGCAAGCUUGCCCGCCGGUGGAGGCGCCGGCAGCCGUGACGGCGGCGGCGGUGGCGGCGGCAGCCGUGACGGCGGCGGCGGCGGCGGUGGCGGCGGCAGCCGUGACGGCGGUGGCGGUGGCAGGAACGCCGAUGGCGCUAGUUUGAAAGAGUGGUGCGCCAAGUACGAUCAGGUGACGGACGCCCCACUGCGCGACUGGCCAAAGGUGCCGCACCCCUUCCUCGAGUCCACGCGAAAGGGCAAAGGCGCGCCGCCGUCGCCGCUGGACAAGGUGGCUGCCUGGGCCGCGGCCAAGUUCGCAAGCUGGCCCGGAGCUGCGCCCGGCUGCAGCGUCGAGAUGUGGACGUACGUGCGCGCCGGGAACCCGUCGGAGCGGCUGCUGCACCUGACCGCGCGGGGCACCCGUUUCUGCUUCCACAAGGGCGCGGCGCACAUGUCCAACAAGACGAUGAUCACGGUCGACCUGCAGAGCGGCGUCGCCUGGCAGCGCUGCUGGGACGUCGAGUGCAUGCAGGCUGGCAUCUGCUGCGGGCAAAUCAAGGCGCGGUAUUGCCUGGGUAACCUCGGGCUCGACGGCAUCGCCAUGCCGACGCCAGACGAGCUCGCCGCUUUCGAGCGCGACUAA